AUGGGUAAGAAAGAUGUUUCCAAGAAUUUUUUUAAAGAUAAUCCUCCUAGCCCUACCUCUCCAAAAACUACUAAAAGGAAGUCAGUAGUUAAUUUGGUGGAAAAGAGAAAAUCAAAAUGUACUAAACCUAUCGUUGAAGAUUUAAACUCUAAUUUUGAUCUUGAAGAUGAAGAUUUUGAGAUAACGAAAGGUAAAGGGAAAUCUAUCAAGAUGAAGGUUCAUUAUAAUGCUGAUAUUGAAGUCCCUUGUGAGAAAAGAGUUAUUGAGGAAUUUCAACAGCCCAAUGAGAUGGAAAUCUGGGCAAGUGUUGCUCGGAAAUUACUUAGGUUUAUUGAGGAGUUUGCUUUACAGAUUGAAAGAGAGAACACUCUUGUAGAACAGUGUUUGAAGGGCAACGAGAAAAUCACAAAAAAUUCUAUUCAAGUUGCUUUCAAUGUUAAGAACUUUGGGGAUAAUGAUAAGCUUGUUCUCAAGUAUGAUGUAUUGUUACUGUUGCAACUCAAGAAUAUCAAUCCAACUUCUGAGGAGAAAGACAUGUUGAAUUUUUCUGAUCAUUUCUUGGAUGAAACCAUUUAUUCCUUCUGCAAAGGGAAAGGCAAUUCUUCUGAGCCUAUUCCUAAUGCUGUUUUAAAUCUUAAAAUUGUUGGUCUAUCUUCUUCAAAGGCUCAUGAAUAUGUCUUUCCUCUUGAAUAUGAAGAUUUACGAAAAGAUGUUUUGUUGGUUCUUAGCCAGCAACAAAGUUCGCAUGUUGAGAUGAGUCAACCUCAAAAUAACUCAAAUGAUAUGCUACAUACAUCAGAUAAUGAUGAUAAAAUAUCUCAUGAUGAGGAAGUAGAAGAUGGUGGGGAUGAUGAAGAUAAAGGGUCUAAAGAAGAUGAUGAUCCAGAAGAGGAUGAUCAGAUGAAUAAGAAUGGUGGGGAUAAUUCAGAAAAAGACAAUGAGCAUAAUGAACCUGAUAAGGGCAGAAAGAAUUAUGGACAUGUUGCGUCUGUUGAUUAUCAUUCAAUGAAGGAUGAAGUGAAUGUUCAUGUUGAAGAUGGACCUUCUGGCACCGAGAUUUCUCGGCUGCUCACCUGA